CAGUCCACAGUUGACUUCACCUCCGAACAUAGACUAUAAAACCGUGUCAUCGCCUCAGAGGGAGACGGGUUUUUUUUUUUUCUUAGCAGCUAGCCUAAACUUUGUUUCUGAACCUUAGCUCUGAGGCACAUUUAACGGGAAGAACUCAGCUGAGGAGAAUGUCGGAUUUCGACAGCAACCCGUUCGCGGAUCCGGAGUUCAGCAACCCUUUUCAGGAUCCAUCAGUGACCCAAGUGAGACAGGCGGCUCCUCCUGGGUUGGAGGAGUACAAUCCCUUCACAGAUGCCAAACCAACACCUGCGGGCGCGGCACCCAAGGCUGCGGCACCCGCCAUCAACACACAACCCGCCAUCAUGAAACCCACAGAGGAGCCUCCGGCCUACUCGCAGCCUCAGGCGCAGGAGCAGACGCAAGCAGCUGCUGAGCUCUUGAGGCGACAGGAGGAGCUGGAGAGGAAGGCCGCGGAGCUGGACCGCCGGGAGAGAGAGAUGCAGUCGCUCAGUGCUUCAGGAGGCAGGAAGAACAACUGGCCUCCCCUGCCAGAGAAGUUCCCCGUGGGCCCCUGCUUCUACCACGACAUUACUGUGGACAUUCCUGUAGAGUUUCAGAAGACAGUCAAGAUCAUGUACUACCUCUGGAUGUUUCAUACCGGGACUCUGCUCGCUAACAUGGUCGGCUGCUUGGCCUGGUUCUGCGUGGACGCAUUGCGUGGGGUGGACUUUGGCUUGUCCAUCCUCUGGUUCAUGCUCUUCACCCCCUGCUCUUUCGUCUGUUGGUACAGGCCACUUUACGGAGCGUUCAGGAGCGACAGCUCAUUCCGAUUUUUCAUUUUCUUCUUCGUGUACAUCUGCCAGUUUGGCGUCUACGUGCUCCAGUGUAUUGGCAUCACUGGUUGGGGCGCCAGUGGGUGGAUCUCCGCUCUGACUGGCCUGAAUAAAAGCAUCCCAGUGGGCAUUAUAAUGAUCCUCAUCGCUGCUCUCUUCACCUCGCUGGCUGCCAUGUCCCUCAUCAUGUUCAAAAAGGUCCACGCGUUGUACCGUACCACCGGUGCCAGCUUCGAGAAAGCCCAGCAGGAGUUUGCCACCGGCGUCAUGUCCAACAAGACGGUCCAGACGGCCGCCGCUAAUGCCGCCUCCAGGGCUGCACAAGGAGCCUUCAAGGAGCAGGCCUGAUUGUCCUAGAGAGCGAGUUCAUCUCUCCGUCCAACCCUCCUCCCUCCCUCCCUCCUUCCCUUCCUCCACCCCGUCCUCUUUUUCUGCUCACAAGUGCAGCAACCCAGCUUCCACCGAGCCAAGUGCCCUGUUUGCCCCCCCCCAGCCUUCUGACAAUAUCAAAGUGGUUUAUGUAAGUGCACUACAGUCUGCACCCUGUGAUCCGUGAGUCUGAGUCUGAGGGAGAAAACCACUACUGGGAUCAUUCAGACAGGGUUCUGGCUCUCUCCCUCUGUCCUACGCUACCUGGCCCAGCAUCGCUGUUCACUGUCAUCUCUGACUCUGGGAACCCCUCAUCAACGCUGCACUCCCACCGCUCAACCAGUGUGCUCAACUUUAUCUUUUUUCCUGUGUGAGUUUGUGUGUGUGUGGCCAACUACAUGAAUGUUUGUGUGCCUGUUUAAGUGUCGGUGCCGCCUCGAGGCCCGUACGUCCCGUGUAGAAAGAUCGUAAUGAAGCCGAACCAAGUCCGAAUUUUGUGAAGCUACCUGGGCGUCUCCCACCUUCAGCCGUCUUAGAAGUUUUGUGCCCUCUGAGUGUUCGAGCCUUUCUUUCAUUUAUCAGCCUAAUCACUACUUCCUGUUUUUUAAAAAUGUAUUUAUUAUUGGACAAAUGGAAGACAUCUAGUUCUCUCUAGUUGUCAGCGAAUGCACAUGCGGCAGAAUCCUGAGAUUUAUUUUGCCGUUUUCCAUGAGUACAUAACUUAACACUGCUGCCCCCCGGUGGAGGGACUUUGUAUUGUUGAAGAUGAAUGCUGUGCAUUCCAGUUCACUGCCUUGCCUUCUACUUUUUGCUUUCCUCUGAAUCGGGUUUUAGAGAGUGUGUAGUCUUUAAUCCUUAAUAGUGAUGCUUCACCCAAAAUCUCAUCUGCUAAGUAUCAAACCCUCAGCCCCUGCAGGUCACAAGUUCACCAGAGCCCAAGGGAAUAUAUUCAAAGAGUUUGCUUUGUCCAGAACCCAAAGACAUUCAGUUUACAGUGAUGCAAGACAGAGAAAAGAGCAAUUACUCACAUUUAAGAGUCGGUUUUCUCCCACGAAGCUCUGCCAGGUUUCAGCCAUAUUGGAUGGACGGACCAAGGAGGAGAGGCCUGUGCUGUAAAAGCGAUAUGAGAAGUUUUUUUUAUUUUUUCCACUUUGAAAAAUUAAAACACAGUAACCGACUUAAUUCAAGCUGAUCAGAGCUGUUGUUCUCUCCAAACUAAAAACACUACAGGUUUUUAAACAGCUACCUCUCCCGCCUUCAAACAGUGUUUGAUGCUCAAAAGAUAUUUUUUUUUUAUUUUUGGGUGGAAUAUCACUUUAAAGUUUUUGCUCUCAAGUAUCUCAUUUUUUUUUUUUUUGCUUGAAAUCUUUUGCCUAUAAUGAUGAUCUACAUAUCCAUUGUGAAAUCACACCAAGUUGCACUUUAAAUCUGGUCGUUAGAUUCUUCGCGGCACUGCGUUCGGUGCGAAUGGAAGGAUAUUUGUAAUAAUGGCCUCACACCUUCCUGCUCAUUAGUGUAAUUCAUACCUGUAACAUGCACCAGCUGAGUUCAGCCCAGCUUUUACUGUCGUUUUCCUCCGAGAGAAACCAACGAACGACACUGUUAACACACACGAAGAGAAUAUCUUCACUGCUCUGUACAUACAGCUGCAUGUUCAUACGGUUUUGAAGAGGAAAGUCAAACUCGUCUCCAGCUUCUCUUGCGUCCUGGAGAUUUACCUCAGUUGUACUCAGGAUGUACUCUUCACUUGCAUGACGAGGUUAAAAAGAAACCAGAUUGUACAAAAAUCAGACACAGACUGGCCCCUGGAUUUAAAUGUGUGCUGUAAAUUAAUAUAUUGCAAUAAAAUCGAUUAAAAAGACGACAAAGUGGCCAGUGAUGUUGAUGUAAUGUUCUGAUAAUCGCUUGUUUAUUCAUAAUUUGAGAGUUGUGGGUUGACUUAUCACCGAACUCCAGCAAAACCACAAUCAGAUGCAUCAGAUCCGAGGACAGGGUCGCUCCUGUUAGUCUCUUUAAUUUCCAGUAUUCGGUGAUGAAAACAGUUCAAAUGCAUUUUACCUGCUAAAGCGUCUCUGAAUGUGUCUUUUUCUAAACACCGUACGAGUUUGUGUUGCGUCAGUGGGAGCUGCAAAGCGAGUUUUCGCUGCCUGAAUGUGUCUGAUUUCUCUGUCAUGUUGAAGCCAGUUAAGCCUUUGUGAGUAUGUGAUGUGUAGGUGGUGUAAAUAAAGGGGAAUAUGGGCCUUUUAAGUCUCAGUCUGUGUGCAGGGCAGAGCCUGGGAUGCUUCUUCACUUCCUGGAGAGGAGACUUUUCUAUUUUUCAGUCUGUUGAGGCUUCCUGCAACAUGCCUUGUUUUGCUCUGUUCUUUUUUUUUUUUUUUUUUUUUCAGUUUCAAACUGGCUUAAUUUGGAGCCGUACAUGUGUAUGUACAAAGCAACAUGAGAUUAUUCCUUAAAAAAGGUUUCUGUUCUGUUAUUUUUGACUUAAAAAAAAAAACAAAAACAUGAUAAAUGUGAGAAAGGCGUUAGACUGCAAUGCAAUGUGAACUGUGUGAUGUACUGUAGAUGGACUGUGGCUUUAAGCUGUGCUUUAUAAUUAACAUGGCAUGUGGUAGAAACAAUGAGACUGAAAAUAACUUUUCAUGAGCAUCUCUAACAAUUAAAUUUUAAGGAAAUUAUUCAGAAAAAAAAAA